AUGUCUUACAUACUCGGGGUCCUCUAGAUGGAAGCCUGUAUGCACGGAUCAAGAAGAAAAAUGAGCUGAGUCACUUCUCCUCCAGUAAUGGCAGUCCAGGAAGCCCAGAGUCUCCUCCACAGCAGGGUGGGCGCCUCCUGUCCAUUAGCAGUGAUUCAGGGCAUUCCUCUAUGCUAACUGAGAAGGCAGAAGACAACACACCUUCAUGCAGGCCACAGCCCACACCAGCUGAGAAGGAAGAGUUGGACCGGCUCUUGGGGGGGUUUGGUGUCCAGCCUCAGCAGCUAAGUGAGGGGACUGGUUCUCAUUCGGUUUCCCCUUCUGCCACUAAAGAGAGAGAAACAGCCAUCUUGGAAGAUGAACUUUCCGACAUAGGCCAACCAGGAACCUCCUUCCCCUACCAACCUCAGCGUUCUGGCCUGGCCCGCCAUUCCUCUUGUCGCCUGGAUUACUGCUCCCAUAGCCCCGAGAGACCUCGCAACAUGUCCUAUUAUAGGCCGGACAGCCUUUUGGAGCGGCGGCAGCCCAUCUAUAAUGGGGGCCACUCUCAUCCACAUUCUGAGGGCUAUGAGGAAAAACGGCGGGUGUUUCGUUCCCUUUCAGAGGGCCUACAGCCCCAUACUUACCCCUAUGGCCAUGAGCUGCUGCCUCCUCACAGCCCUAAUCGGCGGGAGCAUAAUGAGCUACUUAUUUUGGAGGACCAGCCUACAUUUUUAUGCCCAUGCCAAGAUUGCCAAGAGGUAGCACAAGAAGAAUCAAGGCUGCCCAUGGCUUCCUUCUACAACUUACACCUGGAUCAGGAACCGGACUUCUGGGGGGUCGAGAGGCCAUCCUUGCUUCAUCAUCCCCUCCACCGCGGUGGGCAGCCCAUGCCUAUUCUAAUGCCAACCAGCUAUGGGCACCAUCCCAUGCCCCAUGGGCAGCAUCAUCAGGCUUUUAACUUUGAGCCCAACAUGAUGGCCACCCAUCUAGGCCAUGGUUAUCCAGCCCACCAGAGGCCCAAAGUAACAGAAGAGAAUGCAGAGGCAUUUCCUUAUCGCUAUAGCUCAGCCUACCCUCCAGUACCACCAUAUAUCUGUGGCAGAGCUCCAGUCAAGCCCUGCCUUUCCCCCUACACCUCAGGGUACUUGGGGUCUCCUCACUCAGGCUCCAUUUCACCAGCCAGCCCGCUAUAUCCACCAUCCCGGAAGCAUGGAUAUGAGCUCCCAGAGGGCAACAAUGGAUACUUACUGCCACCAUCCACAGAACGAUCGUGUGAGCUGCAAGACUGCAGGGAGGGCAUUCCUUGGCAAGACCUGCCCACCUCUCUACAGCAUCAUCGGCAGGAGGUCCAAGCUGCUUGUAUAGAUGGGUCUAGCUCUCCCAUGCCUGUGCACACCAGCAGUCCAGUGUUCAACAACAACAGCCCUGGAUCCCGCAAGCUCUGCCACAAGACCGCCAGCCCCCUGGAGAACAUGCUCCAGUCAAACUCUGAGGAGCAAUCCUCUCCCGGGUACAAAAGAGCCCCUGAGAGAAUGACCCCAUCAGGCAACCCACCCCAGAUUUUAUCCCCAGUACAGCCCUUCACACACCUCCCUGCCUUCAGGACACAAGCUAACGGAGCCUCACAGAGGCCUGGCCUCCAGGUGCCGCAGAUGUGCUCUCGCAAUUACUGUGCUUCUAGCCCACCACAUGUGCCUCCUUCAGCCACUGCCAAACACUCUCCCUUCCUGGAAGGGCAGCAGCAGCAGCAGCAGCAGCAGCAUCAAAAUGGCUCUGAUGUCCCUGGCCCCGGUGCCACAGUGCCAUUCUCCCAUGAGGUGCCCCCUGAAGAAGCUGUGGGGCAUCAGCCAGGGCCUGUCAUGGAGAGACUGCCCCAGAAGGUCAUGCCCAAGGCUCCCUGCCCCAACCAGCCCCCUCCUGGCUGCAGGACAGUCUCCUGUGCUCCAGCCUCGCCUCCAGCCCCGGGUGUCUAUAACGGGAGGCUGCAGAGCGAGCGGGAUGAACUGGAGGCAAAGGGCCUUCCCCGCGGCUCCAACACCAGCCCCUCUCUUGGGCCCUGCUUGCUCAGCGUCCAGCCCCCGGCCCUCAGCUGUGGCUUUGCUGACAUGCAGAGCUCACCAACUCCAGCCUUCCCCAUUGCAACAGCCUACUACACAGGCAUGGAGGGCAGCCCUGCCAGCCGGGAGCAGCCCCGGGAGAACCAGCAGCCUCCACUGCCUGAGAAACAUCACCUACUGGCCACCAGGACCUGGGAGAGGAACUCGCCGCCGGGCCGUAGCCCAGGCUCUGCUCACCAUGUCACCUUUGCCCCUGGGGUGCCUGAUGGCAGCGCACCUGGCCCAGGCAGUGUUCUCCAAGCAGAUCUCCAGCAAGAGAACCAGGUUAGCGUCAAAUUUGUCCAAGACACGUCAAAGUUCUGGUACAAGCCCCAUUUGUCUCGAGACCAAGCCAUUGCUCUCCUGAAGGACAAGGAACCUGGCACUUUCCUCAUUCGGGACAGUAACUCCUUCCAGGGGGCCUAUGGCCUGGCUCUGAAGGUGGCAACGCCUCCACCCAGCAGCAUCAACCAUUCCACCAAAGGAGACCCUGCGGAGCAGCUGGUGCGUCACUUCUUGAUCGAGACAGGACCCAAAGGGGUGAAGAUCAAGGGUUGUAACAAUGAGCCCCAUUUCGGCAGCCUGCCAGCGCUGGUCUCCCAGCAUUCCAUCACCCCCCUCUCGUUGCCUUGCCAACUCCGCAUCCCAAGCAAAGAUCUCACCGAGGAAAGACCAGAGCUGGCUAUUCCCACCAAUAUGAGCACUGCUGCUGAUUUGUUGAAGCAGGGAGCAGCCUGCAGCGUGCUUUACCUGAGCUCUGUGGAAACAGAGUCCCUGACAGGGCCACAGGCCGUGGCGAAGGCAACCACCAGUACCCUGGCUGCUAAUCCCCAUGCUUCUGCCAGUGUUGUUCAUUUCAAGGUGUCAGCCCAGGGCAUCACACUCACAGACAACCAGAGGAAGCUGUUUUUCCGGCGUCAUUAUCCAGUCAACAGCGUUACCUUCUGCAGCACAGAUCCUCAGGACCGCAGGUGGGCCAACACAGAUGGCACUACAGCCAAGAUCUUCGGCUUUGUGGCCAAGAAACAGGGCAACCCAUGUGAGAAUGUCUGCCAUCUUUUUGCCGAGUUAGAUCCUGAGCAACCAGCAUCAGCCAUCGUCAAUUUCAUCACCAAGGUUAUGCUGGGUACUCACCGCAGAUGAAGCUUCUCACAUGGCAUUCCUUCCUCCCCAGCUUGACUGCCUCUCUGGAUGCCUAUGAGGUUUUGUGGAAUCCUCUGCAACAUGGGAACAGGAUGGCCAGCUCUGCAUAGAGUUAUUCAUAGGAGUUUUCUACUCUCUCCACUUUAGUCCAUUCCCUUCUUCCUACAACCCACUGACCAGGUAUAGUGGGGAAAGGGCCCACUUGAUCCCAACAGAGAGUGCACAUUUCUCUUUUAACAUUGCUCGCUAGCACAGGAAACACCCAGGAACAAAAACUUUGGUGAAAACUGCACAACUUAGGAUAGUGUGCUAAUUCUUCCAUAAGCAUAGAUCAAGGUAUUGUGACUUGACUAUAGUUAAAUGCAUUCUAAAGUAUCCAGGAUGGGGAAGCAUUUUGUACAGUUGUAGAAGAAGAAAGAGAGAUUACUCUAUCCAGGCCAAAGGUCACACUAAAUUACUUUGGGGCACAUUUAAGAACCACCACACUUCUGGUGGCAAGCAUAGUUUUUUUCUCUGCUGCAAAACAACUAGAGUCUGUAUGUGUUUACAUCACCCUGGAAAGACCAUCUGGUAGCCUUUCCUUUCUGGAGAUAGCAUUGAUCUGGACAAGCAUGCCACUUUGUAAUGGAUAAACAGUACACAGGAGGUCCAAUCUUGUCUGUCUCUCCAAACAUGCAGAUUCAGCGUGGCAAUCUUUAUUAGUAAGGCAUAUCAAAUCCUAAACUUGUUUUUUUUCGUUGAGACAAAGUGGUGCCCAGCUCAAUAAGAAGCAAUGAAUUAUCCUUGGAAUUUUACAAACUCAGGUUCUAGCUGUACAGUUGGUAUUUUGGAUUCUUAAAUGCAUGGUCUUUUUAAAAAAUAGAAAAACUUCCCUCCAGUUUUUUCUUAAUUGGUUGCUAGCCCUACUGAUUUAUUGGGCCUGAAAACCCCUCUAAUCCAAUGUUGUUGUCUCUGAAGCCUGGAGUUAAGCUACUAUUAUUUUUUUCAGUUUCCUGUACCCUUCAAGACACAACAUGUUUGGGUAAGCAACUGUGCUGCUGUUCAGUGCUGCUCUAUGUGAACCUCUGAUCUGGGAUACAAUUAGUGCAAGCUGCUACUGUAGUGUAAUAACUCCUGAACUCUCUCCAGUGCUUGAUUUUUCAUCUUGAAUUGAGGUUAACAAUGGAAGGAGAAACCAACAGCUAAAUCAUGAAUUCUUCAAUAUCAUGGAAGUGGUGUCCAAGUAGGGUGAAUGCAAAAAUUCACAAGUAGCCCAAGAAACUCACUAAAGAUUGCAUCUUCUUUUAACCCUUAUCUGUAAUGCAUAUGAGCAUUCUGGCCAAUGUAGGCUUUAUACUGAAAUUGCAAAAUUGAUUGAAACAAAAAACACUUCAAGCUUCAUAUGCAAAAAUACUCCCAACUGUGCGAGACACAGUACAUUCUACUGUGCUAUGGAGAUGAGAAGCUGGAACAGACACAUAAUACAUACAUUGUUGAUGUAAAAUAUCCCAACUGACAAUAGGUCUUAAAUUCCUUGGCCACCAAGUUCUAUAAUGGAGAAACAUGUGCAACAUUAGGCAACUGUAUGUGAUGAAGGGUAAGUGUUGGGCAGAGUUGAUUAGAUACUGCUAAGGUUAGAGGCCAUUACGUCGGAUUAAAGAAAUUGGGUGAACAAGAUGCAUUGGUCCCAUUUCUAUUCAAAGCAGAAAGCAACAGGAAUUUAGAACUUAAUAGGUCCAAGAAGGAUUCGUUGGUUCUCAACAGUUAAAAAUAUUUGGAUUUCAUAGGAAAUUAUCUGGACAUCUUGUUGAGUUUGACUCCUAGUUCCAAGCAGGGAGCUGUAAUCCAAACAUCUGGUUGGGGAACAUUAUAUAUAUCACAUGCAGCUCAUUUCUCAAAGAUCAAUUAGUUGGCCAUUGAACAAUAUUCUUUGCUUUUGGUGUGCCUGAUGCAGACAUAUGCCUAGUUUAAAAAUUCACAAAGUAUAAUAAGAGCAUGGACAGGUGAUCAACAUUAAUUUUGGCAAUUUUAUAGCUCAAAAUCCAUUUUAAUGACUCUUCCUCAGACUCUCAGAAUUCUCUUUCCUAUACAACUAUUUAAGAGUCUAUCUUUGCAUCUGGAUAGCAUACAGCAGAAUAUCUGACCUGUCACAGGAUUAAGGCACAGGAGGACAUGAAGUGCUAAAAAAUCCUUGAUAUAACAGCAGUCGUAUUUCACACGUAACUUUCUGGUUUGAGUUUUUCAUUCCAGAAGCACAGCCCUGCAUAUUUACAGUUUUUCUUCCCCACCAGUCAAGCAACUAGAAGGUUGCUUAAAAAAACCAGCCAAUUGAGAAUUGUAUUCCUAAUAACUGUUAGCAUAAUAUAAAUAUUAAUCCCUCGUGCGCUUAGGUGCAAUCGGUUGAACAAACCUUCCGUUGGUUAAGGCAUGCCAGCGCAAGUACCAAGAGAGCACAGCAGCUGUGUUUGGUGGACGUCCAUGUCUUUGGAUUGCUCAGGCACCUCUGAUGAUGAAGCAAGAGAUUCCCCCCACCGGUGCAUUCAAGAUGGGCCAGUGGCAGCAGAGGACAGAUCAAAGCAGCUAGUGAAAACGGUUCUGCUGUUCCCCGAAUCUGCCUUCUGGUUUUUGAAAGGGGGAGAAGGGGAGGGUUGGGUUUAGUACAGAGUUCUAUUUUGUCUACUAAAGAAUUUAUAUCUGAAUGUUAACGAGAGAUGUUGUGAUAAUAUAUAUGUAUAUAUAUGUGUGAAGGGGGAGGGAGGGCAGGGGAGAGAAAGCAGCAGCACUAUUUGUUAUUUUUUAUAUCUGUAUUUUUAUCUUGUGUACAAAUGAUAAUCUAUUUCCUGUUUAUUCAAAAUUAACAUACAAGGAAAAGAAAUGGGAGUGUCCUGCUUUGGUUUUUGGAAGAGGUCCUUGUGUGAUAUGGUAGGAAAAAAAGAGAUGGGUAGGCAACAGAGAGGACUGUACUGCUAAAAUGCCUGCAGGCAUUUUAAUCUAAAUUCUAGUCAUCUGAGGCAGGAAAACCAUUUCUGCUUGCUUUAGAGGAGACAUGAUUGUGGCAUCACAAUGGCCUAUAUACUCAUGUUACCUAUAGGGAAUUUUCCUAGAGCUGCUUCCGUGGUUUAAAUUUCUUUAAAAGGGCAGAAAAAUGUCCCCCCAGUGGUAGAAACCCUCAAUGCUACUCCUUGUUUUGUAAUUAUAUAUAACAUAUUUUCCAGCUAUAAUUUUUCAUGAUAAAAAGUUCAUCCAAAAAGUACCAUUUAAAUACAGGUAGUCCCCGGGUUAAGAACGGCCAGUUUAAGGCCAACCCAUAGUU